AUGACGCUGACACGAACACCCUUCUGUUUGACUCGCUCUGAACAAAUUCAAGGCAUGGCCAACCGCAUCUUGUAUUCACGAUUCUACAUUGGCUUGUACAUCGGUCUUGCUGCUUUGAGCGUCCUUUCUAUAAUAAUGUCGUUACGCGAGACUUGCCCAUCGCCACUGUUUCUACUUUUCGAGUUUGUGAUUAACAUGGCCAUGAUGAUGGAGGUGACAAUACGGUUUUUGGCAUUGAGGAAGGCGUUUUGGCAUUCACUAUGGAACGCAAUGGAUGCCAUGUUGGUGCUGCUUUGUGUGGUGACACUCCUCAUCCUUAUCUUUGCCGAUUGCUCCGCAGGUGAACGUCGAGAAGCCAUGAUUGAUACAAUGCUGUUGGUGGUGCGUAAUGGGGUCCAAUUAUAUCGACUCAUCACUGUGGCUCGCAAGAACAAGCGUUCAAUAGCUGUUCGAUCAUCAACCAUCGAUUUCAGAUACGUGGAUGAGGAAGACAUUGACUUGUACAAGAUGGAGGAGCAGGAAGAGCAAUUCUGGCACGAAUAUGGAAACGAUCAUUUGUAG